UUCGGCCAUACCGGUCAUUCCCUCACUUGGACCGAACACGGGUGUCUUCACAUCCGCACCGGUCGGACAUCCUACUGUCAUGCUGCCUGCGAACUCUGUCAAAGAACCGGCAAAGUUCACAGGUGUUGGUUUUAAAAUAUGGCAGCAAAGGAUGUUGUUUUGGCUGACCACCCUCAACCUUGCGAGGUACUUGAGGGAGGAUCCCCCUGUUGUGGGGGAGAACGCGGAUGAGCCAACAGUUCAGGUUAAAGAGGCAUGGAUAGCGAAUAACUAUACGUGCCUUAACCUUAUCCUGAAUUGCUUGAGCGAUGCCUUAUAUGCUGUUUAUAGCAGGGCUGCAUCCGAAAAGGAGUUGUGGACUACACUGUCCAACAAAUACCAGGCCGAAGACGCCGGUGCGAAGAAAUUCGUUGUCGGUAAGGUCUUGGAUUUUAAGAUGGUGGAUUCCAAACCCGUGGUCAGUCAAGCUGAAGGAUUGAUUCUCAUUUUUAAUGAGUGCACUGACGAGGGAACGGGAGUCAAACAGUUGCUUGUUCGUCUCCUGAUCCGUGAAGAGGGCCUCACUCGCGAGAAGAAAGUAGCUGUUGCUAAGGCCAAUGUGGUGGAGCAUCCAUCCAAAGAGGGUUCUUCCAAAGGGCCCAAGCCGAAUAAGGACAAGAAGAAGAUUGGUCCUAAAGGAGGCGUCGCGAAGCCCAAGUUCGCGGGAAAAUGCUACAACUGUGGCAUUUCGGGCCACCGUUCUUUAGAGUGCCGCAAGAAGCCUCAGAAGAAGAAGCAGAAGAAGGAAGAAGCUCUCUGCUCGGAGCUAGAUGCCAUGGACCUUUGUUCUGUCGUGACAGAGGUCAACCUGGUCGGGUCUAACCCGAAAGAGUGCCCAGUGCAUAAUGUCCUCGCAGCCCUGUGCAUAACGUCCUUGUAUUGCUGUCCAGUGCUUAAAGACCUCGCUGCCCAGUGCUUAAAGACCUCGCUGUCCAGUGCUUAAAGACCUCGCUUUCCAGUGCUUAACGUUCUCACUGUCCAGUCCUUAAUGUCCUCGUACAACAAGGCCGUUUGAAGAUAUAGCAAUUCUUCUCAACUUUGUUUAUUUUGUAAUAUUCUGAAUAAAUUAUAAAUUCAGAAUUUUAUUUAUUUUUUAUUUUCCGGGGCCGUUCAUCUUCCCCGUCCGUUGUAAUCCGUACGAGAAUUGUAACACCUCUAACACUCACCAAACCAGUGCCUUGUCAUACCCCAUUCUAGCGGGUAAAUUUCAUAAAUGGUACUUCAAUUU